AUGUCUUACGCCUCCGGAAGGCCGCAUCCUAAUACCAUUCUAACACCUACAUCGCUGGACUCAUCAGCCCACAAUGCCGCCCCCUACGGCUCACCCACUGCUUUAGCCGUCAAGUCGGAAUGGGGCGACAGCGGUCAGAGCAACGCCGUCACCCCCGAGGAUUCAACUGCCCAUUCCAAGAAGAAGCAGAAGCGCAAUAAGCCAACCUUGUCGUGCCAUGAAUGCGUCGAGAGAAAAACAAAGUGUGACAGAGGACGGCCGAAUUGUCUGGCAUGCAUCAAACGUCAAACCGAGUGCAAAUAUGCCCACGUUGCGGAUCUGCUCGAGCAAACUACACGAACAGCAGCCAAUGGGACCAGGAUGACCAAGCCGCCCAAGAGGAAGCUGUCGGACACGACCAAAGAUGCACCAACAUCUGUUCCUAAUAUUGCAGAUAAAGGCUUCUCUUCUGGCCCCAUGUCCCGAGGCACUGUCGCCUCAUCCACAGGCUUGCUGUCAAACAUACCUUAUUCAUUGCCUACUGCAUCCAAGGUAUUCGGGGUGGGAGCAGAACAUCCGUUUGCAAACUAUUGGACCUUUGAAGGCAAGCUCGAACAAGUCAUCAGCGUCAUGCCCAAGGAGAAGGCAAAUGCCGACAUGCUGAUUGCGCAAUACUUUGAAUGUGUGGAUCCGGUGUAUCCAAUGAUUCAUCGUCAGACCUUUUACGCCGAUUAUGAGCACUUUUGGUCCCUUUUACACAGGAACCAGCAUGAGAAUGCUGAUGCCGCUUUUGUUGGCCUAGUUUUCGUCAUGAUGGCCCUGGGAACGCAAUUUCAAACCGUGACGACGCUAGAGGAUGGCAAAAAAAGUGCGGAGUUCUACGCAUCUGCAUCAAACCAGGCCCUGCGGAUCGGGUGUUACCUUAGUUCAGCUUCCAUCCAGUCGAUACAAGCAAUGGUCUUGCUUACCUAUUUCCUCAUCAACGAUAACCACGCUUCAGACGGUUGGUCAUUUGCUGGAAUCCUCAUGAGACAAGCGUAUGCAAUGGGACUACAUCGAGACCCGAAUAUUGUCGUGCCUGACGCGAGCAAAUUUGAGAAGCAACAACGGCGAAAACUUUGGCAGGCUGUUUUGCACCAAGACACAUUUUUGACAAUUCUGCUGUCCCUGCCACCAAGCGCGACACAUACAGAUGUCAAUGUGGACGAUCUCGUGGAUGAUCCCAACGACAUUGUCAGCACAGACCCUCGGGAUACAGCCUAUAUUCGAGGUUCCUGGUCAUUAGCAAAUUUGGUCCAAGAAACAAUAUGUAGUCCUCGUUCUCUCGACAUACCCAUAUGCUCUACACAGCGUCAGAAGUCGAAGCUUAUUUCGGAUUUCCGGGCCGUGUAUAGAUCAUUUCCCGACAUAUUCCGCUCCUGGGACCAGGAGUCUCUCACGCAGCUUGCCGCGACGAACAAGCGAAUCGUACGGCAAACGCUUUUUCUGACAAGCAACUACUACCACAACCUCAUGCUAGUACAUGCUUCAGAAAGUCCAGAUGUUCCUGUAAACGUUCGAGCGACACUCGAGGCAGCGCACGAGGCCAUCAAUGCUUUCUUCAUGCUGUACAACCUUUUUGCACACGAGGCGCGGGUAUGGUGGGUCUUCAACCACCGUGCAUUCCUCGAGGCGCUGUGCAUUGGCAAUGUCCUGCGGGAGACGGCUAGCGAUGUUGAGCCUGAUGAGGUAGAGAGGUUUGAGCGGGACCCAUUGUUUGCGAGGGCCAGAGCGGACCUUACUCGUAUGAUUCAGAUCAUGCAAAUCAUGGCUGAUGGUGAUCAAGGAUCUGAGGUCGCCAGAACAAGAGUCACAGUUCUUAGCGAGUUUCUGUAG